AAUGCACCUUCAUUGUCUACACUAAAGAAAGCAAACCACAUACAACACUUGUUGUGUAUGUAUGCAUGGAAAUGCAAUUCCCAAGUGUGGACCGUUGAAGGGCAUGGCCUUCUUCAAAUCCUCUGCAAUCUCACUCUUCCUCCUUUCUUCCUUCCUCUUCUUCCUCAUCUCCACCCCUCAUCCUUCCCUCCCCAAAAACCCAUCAACAUUCCCAAAAUUCCCUUUCAGAUCCCUCCUUCAAUCCCCUUCUUCUUCUUCUCCUUCCUGCUCUUCCAUACUCCUCAAGCCUACCCAAGAACGGUGCUCCUUCUCCCUCGCCCACUGCAAUGGGGACUCUAACGGCCUCUUCAAUUACUUCUCCCUCCAUUUCUGCAUCUUCUCAGAAAACCCAUUUCUCUCCGUCCCUUCUCUCUCCCUCAUUCUCCUCUUCCACUUCUAUUUCCUAGUGAAGACCGCCCAAGACCGCUUCUCUGUCGUCGUCACCAAGCUCUCCUCCCACCUCAACCUCUCUCCCAGCAUGGGCGCCGUCACUCUCCUCGCGCUUGGCAACGGCGCCCCCGACGUGUUCGCUUCCGUCGCUGCCGUCCGCAGUGGCCAUGCCCGCACCGGUUUCGGCGCCAUCCUCUCCGCCGGCACCUUCGUGUCUGCGCUCGUCGUUGGGUUCGUUGCCAUCUACGCUGCCCCAUUCACGGUCGAUCCCGCGCCAUUCAUCCGUGACGUCUUCUUCUACCUCGUCGCUGCGUUCUGGUUGUUCUACGUUUACCUCAGCGCAGAGAUCUCCCUUUGGCAGGCUGUUGGGUUCGUCACGUUCUAUGUUUUCUUUGUUGGGUUUGUGUUUUGGAUGGACGUUGUUGCGGCAGGAGGUGGCAAGACUGGUGGGAGGAAAGAGGAGGCGGAGAUGGAUUUGAUUGGGGAGGUAGAGAAGGGUGUGAAGGCUCCGUAUUGUGAAUUCGGAGAUGGGGUGGGGAAUACGGAUGAUGAGAAGCCCGGAGUCCUUGGAAAGAUUCCAAUGUUGUGGGAGGUCCCGGUUUCCAUUCUCUUAAAGCUCACAAUCCCAUCGACAUCGCCUUCGGAAUGGAGCAGAUUCUACUGCUCAGCCAACAUCAUUCUCUGCCCCCUCGCCCUUGUGUAUUCAUGCAGUUUCUUCCCAUUGGACCACCGAAUUGUUUUCCUCCUUCCAAAUACCCAAUUCCCGCUCUGGUCAAUUGUACUCUUCAUGAGCUUCUCACUUGGACUGGUGCACUACGCGAUUGAGAAGGACCCCCCUGAAACUGAGCAGAUGCCUGUGGUCCUUUUCGCUUUCGUAAUGAGCGUGUUUUGGAUAUCGACCAUCGCAGGCGAACUCCUAGAUUGCCUGGCAGCAGUUGGGGUCAUACUGAAACUCCCGUCAUCGAUCCUUGGGAUGACGGUACUUGCAUGGGGGAACUCAGUGGGGGACCUUGUCGCCGAUGUGGCAGUCGCCAAGGCGGGCCAGCCGGCAAUGGCGAUGGCUGGCUGCUUUGCUGGGCCCAUGUUCAACAUGCUUGUUGGAUUGGGUUCCGCACUGGUCAUUCAGACAGCUGAUGUCUAUCCGAAGGCGUAUGAGCUCCAUUUCAACUUGGGUAUUGUGGUGGCCUUUGUGUUCUUGUUCCUGAGCUUGAUGGGAUCUCUGUUGGUGGUGACUUGGUCCAGAUUCAGGGUGCCCAGGUUCUGGGGUUACUGUCUUGUUGGGCUAUACCUUCUUUUCAUUGUAGUAAGCUUAGUUGUUGCUAAGUUUUCAGGUUGAGGAGAUGCCGGCUUGGUUUUUGUGGGUUUGGUAUUUUUCCUCCGUAAUAUUCAUGCACUAUGCCAUUGGACUGUGCUUUGUAAGGGUCCAACAGAUGCAAUGCCUCACAAGCGAUUAUGCUACUGUAUCAAAUUGCAGCCCAUCCGACAUGUAUAGCUGGAUAGAAGUGAUUGUUUCGUGUCCACGAAAGUGCGACCACAUGAAGUUUGACCGUGCUGAGUUUUGUAUCCUAUGUGGGAUUUUUUUUUCUUUGUAUCGUGCUCCUUCAAUAACAAAAUAUCAUUCUAGGGUUGCUGAUUGAAUGAAGAUAAUCUGAUUCUCGGGGUUC